UUUAAGAUGUGUUUCAGCAUUAAUGUAGGCAGAGAGCAAAAUAUUUGCUGAUGCGGAGACGUUGGAUCACUUCAUAACUGAUGCUUUUGGGGAGGUAAAUGCUUUGUCAGAGGCAGGAAAUUGAGCGUCUUUCUGAAAAAAAAUAUAUGGGGAAAAAACCAAACCUUUUUUCUUAGGAGGGUUGACAUACAUGGCAACUGGGAAAUGGGCACUUAAUGCAUCAAGCUUCUGCGUCUAAGUCAGGUGAGCAGGGCAAAGGAUGGUAAUGCGGAUGGAAUGCUGGCUGAGAGUUACUGUAGAUGUGGGAUCGUUUUGACCUCUGUUUUGAGGGCACAUCCCCUUUUAGGUCAGCUCCGCCUGACACAAGAUAACUAUCCUGUCUCAAAGAUCAAAUAUAGGCUAGUGGGGAGGACAACAGUCACUCCCCAUGGAAGUAAUGUUCAGGCAAGCCAGCUGAGAGCGAGCACGAUUGCUGCAGGUACGACAGUGAGGUCUUCACAGCCCCUUUGUGGUUUCAGCUCAAGAGAUGCUUCUUGCCUCAUCUAACAUUGUCUUCAUUCUUCGGGAGGUUCUGCUUAAAUAAGUUUAAAGGGACACUCCUCAAAUUUAAAAGUGCACUGAGGCGGGGAGAGAAUUCUGUGGCUUCUCUGCUGGCCCUCUGAAGCUGCUCCAUCACCUGCAGGUUCCUCAUGAGUUUUGUGGAGUACUCCGAGUGCAUCCAGGAGGGCGAUGUGGUCAUCAUCUUCCUGGGCCACGAGUCCAUGUUUCCAGUCAAGGUGCAAGCAGGGACCCAAACGCAGACACGCUACGGGGCGAUUCGUCACUCCGUGGACCUGAUUGGCCGGCGUUAUGGGUCAAAGGUCACGUGCAGCAAGGGCGGCUGGGUCUACGUGUUACAUCCCACCCCAGAGUUGUGGACCGUCAGCCUGCCGCAUCGCACCCAGAUCCUGUAUGCGACCGACAUCGCUAUGAUCACCAUGAUGCUGGAGCUGAAGCCGGGCUCUGUGGUCUGCGAGUCAGGCACGGGCAGCGGCUCCUUGUCCCACUCCAUCGUGCGCAGCAUCGCUCCCACGGGACACCUAUACACCGUGGAGUUCCACCAGCAGCGUGCCGACAAGGCCGCCGAGGAGUUCCGUGAGCACAAGGUGGGCCACCUGGUGACGGUGAUCAACCAGGACGUCUGCAAGGAUGGCUUCGGGGUGAGCGGAGUGGCCGACGCCGUCUUCCUGGACAUCCCCUCCCCCUGGGAGGCUGUGCCUCAUGCCAAAAGCGCAAUGAAGAAGCAAGGGGGCCGCGUGUGCUCCUUCUCUCCGUGCAUCGAGCAGGUCCAGAGGACGUGCGCGGCGUUGGCAGAGCACGGCUUCCAAGAGAUCUGCACCCUGGAGGUGCUGCUGCGCCUCUAUGACGUGCGCUGCGUCACCCUGCCGCUGGCCGACCUGGGGCCCGACGACCCCGCCCAGGCGGACCCCAAGGGGGCUCCACCCUCUGCCUCCAACGCAGCGGUCACCUGCAGGACGGCCGUGGCACCCAGGGAGAUGGCUGGUCACACAGGAUACCUGACCUUCGCCACCAAGAGUCUGCCGUAGGAGGGUCAUUGCUGUGGAGGGGGCAUUGUCCUUGGUUGUUGCCUGGGCCCCAAUAUAUCCGACUGAAAUGGAGCAUCAUAAGCGGGCGUACAUAUGUGCUGUGCCUCUGCUACAGCUCCGCUCGUUGCUUUCCUCUUCAGUGGCCUGGAAUCCCCAGCAAACGAGGUCUGCCUGUUAGGCCGCCCUGCACACAGUGGCGUGUUCAGGCUGAACACCGGUGUUGAGUGGUCGUUUAAGAUGGACUCGUCACAGAUUGUGACAUCCAAGAUCGGCUGCAUUAAAGCUGCGUAGUUUUUGUUUUGAGGUCAUAAACAUCUUUUUGCUGUAUGUAUAUAUAUUUUUUUUAACUUUGGAUCUGAAUGAAGUAAAGGGCUGAUAUUA